GAAUGUGUUUUCAGUGUGAAUAAAACUAAACGACAAUUGACUCACACAAGUUUACUUCACUCCAUCAAUGUACAAUGAAGGUCUGGUAUUGCAAUACAUGCGGUCACCCAACCUUACAUGUACAUGCGUGGGCAGCAAGUGGACGUCUUUGUGGCCGUAGAUGUGUUUUAAGGAGUAUACUUCAGUAGCAUUGCAGUUCACAUACCAAAAUGACGAAGGUCGCAGUUUUCCUAUCGCUUUGCUUUGUUGCUGUGAAACUGGGGUUGGCUCAAAACUACGAUGAUAACCGUGCUAAGGUUCUGAUCAUCGGCGGAGGUGCGGCAGGCUUGCAAGCCGCCAAGGAGUUCCACGACCAAGGUAUGGAUGAUUUGAUCAUUAUCGAAGCUGCUGAUUUCUUCGGUGGGCGAGUCCACGAUGUUACCUUCGCUGGAGUGCAGGUUGAGGCUGGGGCUAACUGGGCCCAGCCCCCGGGGACCGAAAUCAUCGACUGGGUCAAGAGACUCUCCAUCCAGUACCACGAAUCAGACUUCGACUCUGUCAUCAUCCGCAACGAGACCGGGCACGAUGUGAGCGAAGAAGCUGAUCCGAUCUGGGAAGAUAUGGAACACGCCUUGGAACGAUUGGAGGAGAUCGGUAGCGAGUUAAACGAAGAGUGUCGCAAAGACAUGUCCCUUCGAGCCGCCCUUCGUCUAGCCGGCUGGAAACCCACAACACCAAUCCAUAAAUCCAUCGAAUUCUUCGACUUUGAUUUCGAGUGGGCAGAUAUCCCGGCCGUCACCUCCCUCAAAUCUACUACUCCUAUCCAGACAAUCUCUGCCACAGGUGGCAACUUGUUUGUCACUGAUCAGGGCGGCUUCAAACGCAUCUUUGAGGAGAUUACACCUUGGCUUAUGAUGGAUGCUUACAAGAAUCAUCUUCGCCUGAAUAAGACUGUGGUGUCGGUCACCGAUAAAUCAAGUAAUGGAGUGGAAGUGAGGUGUGCAGACGGCACCGUCUACACAGGAGACCAUGCCCUUGUCACGGUUAGUCUUGGAGUCCUGCAGAACGACGUCAUUGACUUUCAGCCAGCCCUCCCAGACUGGAAGAUUGUCAAGUUCUUCCAGUUCAUCAUGGCAUCCUUUGCCAAGGUCUUCAUUAAGUUCCCAAAUCAGUUCUGGGAUGAUGAUGAGUGGAUCAUGUAUGCCAGCGAGCGUCGUGGCUACUUUCCCGCUUUCUCUAACCUGAACGCUCCUGGACUCUUCCCGGCUGGUACUAACAUCCUCGUAGGCUUCGUGACUGGAGAUGAAGCCCGCAGGAUCCAGAACCAACCCCUGGCCGAGACCAAAGCUGAAGUUGAGGCUGUGAUGCGCAAGAUGUAUCCUGAUGCCACAGUCCCCGAGGCUACAGAUAUCUACGUGACUGAUUGGGACACCAACCCGCUUCACUACGGCGCCUACUCCAACUGGCCGGUAGAGAUCUCCACCGAGGGUUUUGAGCAGAUCCAGUCCCGAGUUGGGAACAUCUUCUUUGCUGGCGAGCAUACCGAUCCGAUGUUUAAUGGGUACAUCAUUGGGGCAACUCGUAGCGGUAUACGUGAAGCUGAGAAGAUCAUGGCCUGUAUGAAUGGGGAGGAAUGCCCGGCUUACGAACCGCCUGAGUCAUACUCCUGUCCUGCCGAGACUACCGGUAAUGGCAACAUAAUAACGUUGUCUUUCAUUGGAAUCUGCCUUACUGCAACACUCCACGCUUUCAUUGCUUUGUAACCAAUUCAUUGAAAAUGAGUCAGUUCCGAUAGGUACAUUAUGAUCCAACUUAACACUCGCAUUUAUCAACAUGAUAGUGGUUCAUAAAGUUUAUUUUGGCUGAGAUUGUGCACUUUUCUUAAGGUAAGACACUUGCCAUGAAGGAAUUAGCUCAUGACAAAAUUUCAUUCUUAGGGGCGGGUCUUUCCAUUUCAAGCGAACAAAGAAACCAACCAAUUGUAAUAGUUGGAGCGUAUGUUUCUGGCACUGUUUCAAAUUUGUAUUUCACUAGUUGCAUGGCACAUCAUCAGCUUAAUUUGAGGUUGAUUUUGUCGUUUGUGAUUUUUCUCUUUUUGCUUGAGGAAAGUUUGCUGCGAGCACCAGGCACAAAGUAGGCCCUGUGCACAAUGAUUUAUUAUCUAUGAUGCUAUUUCGUAAACUUCAAGGAUCACUCCUCAAAACACAUAUGUCUGAAAAUCGUUUACAAACUAAGAAACAAACUGAUUUUUUGAAUGGACAUUUUCUAGGGCUAAUUAAAAAAAUAUGGCCCAACAGUUUGGCAAAUAUCCACAAACAAAUUACUUCACGAGUAGUUUCUGUUGGUUGAGUGUGCCUUUUUUGGAAUUUUUUUGAUGUGGGUUUAGUAUCAAAGAAAUUAUUUGCGUACACACUUUUGUAGCAUGCAAUGCACCCAUAGUUUAAUCGUAGAUGUUCUAGCAAGCCACAAUUAGAAUAAUACACAUUAACUUGCACGAUUUCGUUUGCACAAUAAUGUUCAAGGCAAGCAAGGUACAGUUAUUUUAAUCUUUUUUUUGUCGCAUCUUUAUCUUUUCAUUUUAUUUCUUUAUGGUUUUGUAUGAUUUUCGUACUGGAAUCUCCACUGGGUAAUGGGUUCUAAAUUUGGGCAACAAAUCUGAUGAGCACUGAUGUGAUCUUCGCAUUUGUAUUUGUCUUUCUGUAUUGUACGGAUAUCUCAAGACAAUUGCUCUAACUUGGAAUCGAUCGAUGGUUCCCUCCCAACACAAGAUCUAUAUAUUUUUCUGGUAUUUGGAUUUCAACUGCAAGCCAGAACCAUUUGUUUUGAAACCAACGGAGCAAAUAAAGAAUAUGUCAGUCGUCACUCUUCCUAUGCAAGUCUUUUAAA